UUCCCGCCCCGAGCGCUGCCGCUGCUCGCCGCCGCCACCGCCUGUGAGCGGGCGGGAGAAGGAGCCCCGAUUUCCCGCGGAGUCGAGCCGUCGGUGAGGAUCCCUCCUUCUCCUUCGGCAGACGUUCCGUCUCCACAGAGGCUGGAAGAAGGCUGACGAUGGACCGCGAUGGGCCGGACGCCGCUCGCCGGGACGCGGAGCUGGAGCGUGGCCGCUAUCUGAGCCGGCGGGCCGUGGCCCAGGAGCAGCUGGCGCAAAUAAAGGAGCACAAGGAUCAAGCAGAUCUGGCCAAGCUGGAAAACAGAAGAGAAGGGGAACGAAUACAGCAAUCGAGCCAAUUGUACCAACUGGAAAUUCAGAGAGAAAAAGAAAAGGAACAGGAGAAAAAAGUUGAAUUCCAGAGGCAGCAUCAUGAAUAUGUAGCUGAACAGAAAAUAUUUAAAGCUGAACAGAAACAAAAAGAAGACAAAGAUGAUGAUCGGAUUAAGGCUUAUAUUAAAGGAAAAGAAAUGAUGGCUGAUCUGACAAGAGAAAAAGAUGCAGAGACUAACAGGAUGAUACAGAAACAUAAGGACAAAGCUUUUGAUCAUUUAACUGCACAGAUGAAUGAGAAAAUUAAGAUUGAAGAUGAUCGUCUUGCUAGAGGAGCUGCACAGGUAGAAGUUGAGUACCAAAUGCAAAACAAAGAGAAAGAAAUGAAAAAAAAAGGCUGCUAUUGAAUCUAUUGAAGAAAACAGAGCCACCGUGAUGAAGCUGAAAGAGGAAAAGGAGAGACAGGAGAAAGAAGAGGCUGAGAAGGACCAUAAUCAGUGGAUGACAGAAAAUGGCAUUUACUUGGAAAUGGAAAAAGCCAAGAAACAAAGACAGCGUGAUGCAAACAUGGAAGUACAGAAAUUUCAGCUCCAGCAAAUGGCUGAAAAGCAGGCAAGAAAAGAGCAGGAAAAGCAAGCAGACUUGGACUGUGAUGCUCAGAGAGAGGCUGCUUUUCAUCAGGAUCGAGCAUUUCGGAGAUAAAAGACAUGUGCAUUUUGUUACAUCAAGCUUUUUUUCAGCAAGCAGAAAGAAUGGAAACUUUUAUAAAAGCCUUUUGAUGGCAGAAGCUGGAGCCUUAAGAAGUACUGACUACAGCAGGAGUGGUGCUGAAACCUGCAGAGCUCGAUAAUGCUCCAAAUGCAUCCCUAAGUGCAAAUCUGCACAUGCUCACAACUAUGCAAUUGAAAUACAUUUGAUACAGAAGCAUCUACAAAGGAGUAAGAAGCUAGCCACUCUCUCCUUCCAAGUUCUGUGUGCCUGCAAAACCAAUCAGUGCCCAACUGCAGAAGCUCACUAUGGACCAAGUGACACGACAUGCUAUUUGCUAGAACCUGCCUAUAAUUCAAGCUCAAGAAACAAGUGCCAUAGCUUGCAACUGUACUGUAACUACUCUAAUUUUAUUAUGGAACAAAGCAGUAGAUUCUUUUCAGAAAGUCAAGAGGUGACAACCAAAGGUAAACAAUCAGUUCCUCUGUACUGUACUCCUUGAAUAUUGCUGGGCCUCCAGGCUUAGCUCAAACAUUUUGUUUUGACUUGCAAAUAAAAUUGAGUACAUCUGUCUGUAACAAUAAAAUCCACGUUGAUAGUA